UGUAAGGGCGAAAUGUCCCUCCCUAAUAAUUCUCAAUGAGUGUCAUUUGGAGAGAUUAACGUUAACCCCUCCAUAUACCAACUAAUCCAGUGUGAAAAAUCUCCUCCGCAAAGGUUGCUAUUUUUUCUUAACCGCUACAUCUCUGUUUAUUAUUACUGCCCCUCCCAAAACCAACAAAAGGAAACCUCCUUCACUAUUGCUCUAUUCGCGUUUUGUCCUUCACUUCCAAUAUUGGCGCAAUCUUAUCACUCUCAAAUGGGGAGAAUGGGAAAAGAAUCAGACUCCAAGACCAAGUUGGUAUUAGAGAUUUGCUCCAUUUCCACGCGUUCUGUGCUCUGUGUUCAUCAUACACUUCUCUCAAAACCUUUCAUUGACUGGUAUUGCAUUCUUGGAGUGGAAGAAAAUGCAGGGGUGAAUGCCAUUCGCAAGAGGUACCAUAAACUGGCCUUACAAGUUCACCCAGAUAAGAAUAAGCAUCCCAAUGCUGAAAUUGCUUUCAAGCUCGUUUCUGAGGCAUAUGCAUGUCUAUCUAAUGCAGCAAAGAGAAAAGCCUUUGACUUGGAGAGAUGUAAGCAUUUUUGCUUCGAGUGCAAAAGAAUACCAUAUACAUCGAGCAAUGUCCCUGGCAAUUCAAGUGGGUCAGUUUUCAAGGCAUGGAAUAUGAUCACCAGAUCAAGAUCUUUUAAACUUUGGAGAAAUAUUAGGGACAUGAGAGAAAGAUUCAUGGACGAGGCUAAGGUGAUAGAGAACUGUUUGCGAACAAAUUCAAUGUCAAGGAAAGAAUCUCCACCCUAUGAUUCGGCUGGCUUUCUACAUAGAAGCAAGUCAAUGCAUAGAUUCGAGAAAGAAACCCCAGUUUUCAACCCAUCGGAUUACUUGUACCAAGGCUACCCUCAUCUAAGGAGCAAUAUUUACAAGAAUUCUUCAACAUUUUGGUACUUGCAGAGAAAUAGUAUGCUUCACAACGAAAAGGGAGGAGCGUUGCAUGCCUCCCCAGUUUUUGAUGUCAAAUCAAGGAAUUUGUUUGCCAGCAAAUUCACUUUUGUCCCAUCAAAAUGUUAGCUAGAAACAUUUUUUUAAUGCAAUGUGAUUGGCAGAUUCUCGCUUCUUUAAA